CUUCCUCUCCACAUCAUAAAACAUCAUAAAACAUCAUAAAACGCUACUAAACAAUUUGCUCGUUAGAGAAUAAACAAAACAACAAAAUAAUGGCAACUCAAGCCGCCGGAAUCUUUAGCUCCGCCGUGACAACCGCCGCAACCUCGGGCGUAAGAAAACUCCACUUUCUCACCGCAACCCACCGUCCGAGAUCCCUCUCCUUCACCAAAACCGCAAUCCGCGCCGAGAAAACAGACUCCGCGGCUCCAGCCGCCGCCGUGAAAGAAGAAGCUCCGGUGGGAUUCACGCCGCCGCAGCUAGACCCAAACACACCGUCUCCGAUCUUCGCGGGAAGCACGGGGGGUCUUCUCCGUAAGGCCCAGGUGGAAGAGUUCUACGUCAUUACAUGGAACUCGCCGAAAGAACAGAUCUUUGAGAUGCCGACAGGAGGUGCAGCGAUCAUGAGGGAAGGUCCGAACUUGCUGAAGCUGGCGAGGAAAGAACAGUGUUUGGCUUUGGGGACAAGGCUUAGGUCCAAGUACAAGAUCAACUACCAGUUUUACAGGGUGUUCCCUAAUGGUGAGGUGCAGUAUCUUCAUCCUAAAGACGGAGUUUAUCCGGAGAAGGCGAACCCGGGAAGAGAAGGUGUUGGUCAGAAUAUGAGGUCUAUUGGGAAAAAUGUUAGUCCCAUUGAAGUUAAGUUUACUGGGAAACAAAGUUAUGAUUUGUAAUAUGUGAAAACAUAAACCAUGUAAGAAAGAAAAGAAAUCACGUGGAGAUGACUAUGUGAUGAUUAUUUUUAAUGGGGUUUAUGUUAAUAAUUUUGCUUGUAAUCGUAUUUUUCUGGAUGUUGUUCUAUUUAGCGGUUCAUAAAUCUUGUGAUUCUCAUAAUGCAGCAUAUAAACUAAUGGUUGGUGUGGUUA